CUGUGUUUCUGGUCGGUGUUAUCAAUGAAGCAGACAUACAGACUACUCUACACAGCCUAUCAAUUACAACAUUGCAGUCAAUUUCCAUAGAAAGACCAAAAAGCCAAAAAAGUCAGCUAAAGUCACUAAUAAGCUAAUACUGUUCCAAAAAUUGCCUGACUUUAGGCGUAUUGUCUUAUAGAUUGCAUACUUUACGGCAAAAUUCCACACAGUGCGCUUACAAUUACUAAGCUUGUUAUAACUUUCCAUUCAACUUUCUAAUCCUUUCCCCAGCAUUGGUAAAGGUUCUUCCAUGUUUCAAAGAAGUGCUACCCAACCCAAAAACCCAGCAGCUUCUUUGCAUAGAAAAUCCUUUCAUGUCACCUAGCCAAAAGCCAAUGCCACUUUCGGUACGACCUUAUUGUAAAUGAACCCUGGGUUACUCUCACACACACCCCCCGGGGGACCGUCAAAUUCUCCUCACAUCGCAAUAUCAUCUUCCAGCAACCAGUUAGCCAUUCCUGUGCUUGUGAGGAGGACAGUUUUUCUUUCUUUUUUUCCGGGUUCGUUUUGUUUGAAGCAAUCGGACGUAGUACACUCAUAAAACUGUCACCGGAAGCAACUGUCGGCCGGUUCACGGAGUUCAAGGUGCGGACAAAAACUUUCGUAAAAUUAAUUCCAUUCAAGGGCAGAACAAAGCGGAACAAGUGAGACAAACAAAAUAGCACAAAAAGGAAGAGAAAAAAAACAGGAAAGAGGAAAGACUUCAAACCGGAGCGACCGGAGCGACGGUUAGUCGUCAUGAAAGCGGGACAAGUGCGUGCAAACUUGCAGGCGGUUAAUUUUACUAGCGCGUGCGACUGGAACCGGGGGAAUGGGUUUUACGACUUUUCGAAGGCAACGGUGAUGCUGUGUACAUGCCAUUUUUUUUUUUUUCAUUAUAUCCUAAGCAUCUGGCAGGCGGCCUGGUUCUGUCAAAGUGCUUGGGCAGAUUGCAUUCCACACCGUAUGGAACGCUAGGGGUUAGUGUGAAAGUUUGCUUCUAAACAGUGCCCUUUCCAGUUUUUGGCCACAUACAGGCACACACACACACACACACAAGUUGCUCGCCUGCUUUGGGACACAGUUUCCGGGCGGAUGGCCAAAAUUGUUCCCACCAGACUGGUUUUGUCUCGCGCUUAUAUACAUGUGUCAGUGCAAGAGUUUAACCUAAUUAUUCUGCACCAUUCCAUGGCAUGGUUUAGGAGAGAGGUAUAAUUUACCCCUCCGAGAGGUCCGAGAGGUUGUAGUGCAGAAGGAGAACUUUCCCCUUGCACUGAUGGUCCUAUAUUACCCGCAGGGGGAUGGAUAUCUUUCAACGAUCCGGAAAACCGCCGGUUGAAAAUACGCUCUAGAAAAUGGGAGAAAAAUUAAAAUAAAGUACCAACAUUCCACACAACCAAUUAAAAAGAAACAACAAACUUCUAGCCCACCCACUUGCGUCGUCCCUUUCAACGAUCCCUUUGGGGUGGACGUGGACUGAUUGAUAAUUAAUGUUUAUACAAAGCGGAAUGUUUUCGAUGACGGAAACGGGGGAAAAGCGGACGAUAGCGAAAGGGAUACGAAAUGGAGGAAGAGAGGGGUCAACAAACGUCCUUCAAAUAAUCCUCUUUGGGAGGUGUUUUUUUUUUUGUUUCUUGCUGCAAUCAUUCUAAUACAUACUGAUGCCAAACUGGAGCCAAAAAGUCAAAUGCGGAUGACAAGCAGAACCCAGUCCCCCUUCCCUUUUCCCCCCUCCCUUUGGUGGCAAAUUUUAUAGUACACAAAUGUACGCUGACUCAUACAGAACAGCAGAACUGCAAUACCCCGAUUUGAACAGAAUAAAACACUGGAAAAUCCACUCGAAGAAUGCAGCCACACGGACACACGGCCAUUGGUACUUCCGGCUGGAUCAUGUAUGCAUAUUUGCUGGCGGAUAUAACGCUUACACACCCCACACCCCACACAAACGGGCAAACGGGUCAACCCCCGUGUGGCCUAGUUUUAUGUGGCAAUCGGCACAUGCACAUUGCAUACAGAACGGGCGGAGGGGGAAUCGUUGCCGCUUAAGUACACAGUACGUCGGGUUUUAUAGGAACCAUUGGGAUGGUAUCACUGUCAAUUUAGGGAAAAUCGUUUGCCAACUGUUUCUUCAACCCGGCACAAGAAAUCGCUAUCUCUUUGUACAAAAAUGUACUACCGAAAAGAAGAAAAGAAAAAGCAACAAGGCAAUGAAAUCCUGUCACUAAUAGACCCGCAGUGCAGCAGUACCAUGCAGCCAGAUUAGGAAAAAAAGCAGUGAUUCCCAUCGGUCAACUGUGCCGUGUAAGAUGCGAUAGAGCACAUCGAAAGAAAGAAAGAAAAAAAAGACAAGUCAAAUGUUAAUCAACCGUUAACAGUGUGCGCUUCCGCUUGGCCCUUGACUUGUUGCGGAGUUCGGUACAGCAAUUCGUAGUUCCCGUAGUGCCUACAUCCCUGUAGGACCGGAUGCUAAUGGAGUAUGUAAUGUUCGGCUCUCCCUUCGGUUCAUUGCCACCUCGUUCGGCUCGUUAUCGUUUAGCUGGUUGAUGAUUUUUUUAUUCAAACGGGUUAUCGAUAACACCUCCCACCUCCUUCCGUAAGAAAGGGGUAGAAGAGAAGGCAAUGAAGAGAAGAAAAAAAAUCCCUUCCCAGUUUCCGAUGACGAUGAUGAUGAUGAUGAUGGGAAGACGAACAAGAAGAUCAUCUUGGCAGCCCCCAUAAGCCGACCGAGAUAACUGUUUGGAUAGAUGAAAUGAGGUUAUGAAAUAUGCAAAGCAUCAUCAUUCCGAUGCAGUGGGAUGUGGGAACAGUGUGCACGUCACACAGCAACUCCGGCAAAGUUUCCGGCAGUUUCCGUGUCUUUUUUCCUGUUGUUGCUGUUGUUGACAUUAGUGGCAGAUAAAGGUGGGACAGCUCGAUAUUGAAAUCCGUUUCCUUUUUUCCUAACCAUCGUGUCAGGUAUAUCACAAAAAAAAACCCACUGGGAAAAGGAUAUUCAUUGGGAAAUCCCAUCAUCCUCAUCAUCAUUCUGUUGCCAAUGCUUUUGUGAAUAGCGCAUCUUUAAAGGAAACAAAACCAAAAGAAAAAAAAAUAGCGAAUAUGUCUUCCGGUUAAGGACCCAUUCAUGGGUGUGUAAUGCAAAACGCAGAUGUAAACAUUGACCCAGGAAUAGAAUGCAUCUUUUCAAACGCCUCAAAAUCAAAAGCGUUGCAAGCGCAAACAUGUGACGUUCUGAUGGGAUACGUGAGUGUGUGUGUGUUUGUGUCCUUUUUUUGUCUCCUCAGGAUUUUUAAUACACAAACAUUAAUUACUAUAAACCCACCACUGCACUGUACAGUGGUUGGACUUUGACAUUUUGCUGGUAGCAGCCGGUUGGCCAGCUCUAUAAAAUGGGAACAUCCGGAACCGAACAGGCGUAGUUGUGCGUCGAUGUUUCGCGUGAACGGAAGUACUUGUCCACGUUUUUGGGAAUGUAUCCGCCGUGAAGCGUGUGAAGUGAUCGGACAGAGUAACUUUGGUGUGUCCGAUCGGUCCAAGUGACAUGGCUGGAUGGUUCUGAACGUGUCAGUAGCAGCAGGUGCAGCUUGGACCGCACGGCCAACGACCUGUCGGAGGGCCACGGCAAUGGUCUGCACCGUGGCCACCGUCGGUUGGGAUAGUUCAAGCAGCAACGCAGAGCCCGCUUCCGAAGCAUGCUAGUACCGCAUCCGCUUCCGACUACGGUCCAACAACGAUCGCGUUGCCAAUGAAGGCACUCGGGAGACGCGCGGACGGACGGCAACACGAUCGGCAACUGACGGUAGUCUUCCUGCUUCUAACGCUAUGGCUUUCCGGUACGAGCAGAAUGGUACCGUCUGGGGUCGUGGGGACCGGUACGGUGCCCGCUGGCUCACUCAACAACAUCACCUAUAGCAACAGCUUGGUCAAGACGAAGUAUGGACCACUGCGCGGUAUCGUCUUCCGGACGGUUCCGGUGGUCGUCGAGGGCUUCCUGGGUGUACCGUAUGCGUCACCUCCAAUCGGCAGUCUGAGGUAUAUGCCUCCGGUUACGCCAUCUACCUGGAAAUCUCCCCGCUUGGUCGACCGGUUUGCCCCAGUUUGCCCACAAAAGUUACCCAAGCUAGACGGUACCGAUGCGGGUGUACUGGGAGAUCUUCCAAUCGAUCGACUAAAGCAACUCCGACGGUUAGUACCGACACUGGUCAACCAGUCGGAGGACUGUCUGUAUCUGAAUCUGUACGUGCCACACGCAGAUGAUACCGCUCAUCGGCCGGAUCACCUCAAACCAUCAAUUGUAUAUAUCCAUGGCGAGUCCUACGAGUGGAACUCUGGGAACCAUUACGAUGGUUCGACGCUUGCAAUGAACGGGAAUGUUAUCGUAGUUACAAUAAAUUUUAGGCUAGGAGUUUUAGGUUUUUUGAAAACUGGUGCUAAGGGAAGUGCUCAAGGCAACUUCGGGCUGAUGGAUCUUGUGGCCGGACUGCACUGGUUGCGGGAGAACUUGGUCGCAUUCGGGGGUGAUCCGGCAAAGAUUACGCUGAUGGGACAUGGGACGGGUGCGGCCCUCGCCAACAUCCUAGCCGUAUCGCCCGUGGCAGGAGAUCUGAUCCAUCGUGUGGUGCUGCUGAGCGGUUCCGCUCUUUCACCGUGGGCCAUCCAGCGGGAUCCACUGUCCGUGAAGCGCAAAGUAGCCCAACAGACCUCAUGCACCGGCGACGUGGUGAACGAAGAUUUGGCCCCCUGUUUGCGGACCAAACCACUAGCGGAGCUUAUGAAUAUAUCGUUGAGUAGUCCUAGAUUUUUGCCAGGAUUUGCACCGUUUGUCGACGGAACCGUCAUAACACCGGCCAAGGCGGCCGUUAUUAAUAAUCUUAAAAUACCGACCGACUCCGCGAUCGCAAGCACUAGCGGCAUCGAGUUCAGCAACUUCCACAAGCAGGACGUCCUGUUCGGGCUGACGACGUACGAGUCCUACCUCGAGCUGACGGCGGCGGAUCUCGAGUUCGGCUUCAACGAAACCAAGCGCGACCGCAUCCUGCGCACCUUCGUACGGAACACCUACCGGUACCAUCUGAACGAGAUCUACUCGGCGCUAAAGAACGAGUACACCAACUGGGAGCGUUCGCCGAGAAGCGCCUACGGAUAUCGGGAUGCGGUGUUGGAGCUGCUGAGCGAUGGACUGACGGCGGCCCCAUUAGUUCAGUUAAGCCAUCUGCACAGCCUGCAGGGUGGACGAUCGUACUUUCUGCACUUUAAGCAUCAGUCUCAUGAGUGGAAAUUUCCCCAGCGAAGUGGGUCGGUUCGAGGUGAGGAUGUGCCUUUUGCAUUAGGAUUCUCACCAUCACCGAUGUUUCCACUCACCCUUACCAGGCUGGACAUGCAGGUCAGCAGUACCGUGAUGCGCUAUUUGUGUAAUUUUGUAAAAACAGGCAAUCCAAACGGGCUACGGUCCGGACCGCGGAUGGAUGUGUUCGUGAAUAGUAACAAUAAGCGUAGCUGGAAUCCGGCAAAGAAACCACACAACGAGACGCUCAUGCGUCAGCUGCUGUCAUCCUUUCGGCAGCAGGAACCGCUUCAACCACGAAACCCACUUCCGGCCAUCGCAGGGCAACCGUUGCUUACACCAGAGCAGGCGUUGAUGCAGCAGCAGCUACAGCAGUACUACCACAAGGAACAAACGAACCGCCAGCAGAAACAUUCGCGCCGGAAGCGGACGAGAUAUUCUAACGAUUUGCAACGGUACAAUUCCGGCGAAACGGGUAGCUAUGGUUCGAGCGAGGAAAGUGCCGGUCUGCCAGGCGGAUCGAAUGGUUCGGGGCGGGACGGUGAGGAGGACGAUGACGAUCGUCAGGAUGGUGAGGAGUCCGGUGGACGGGGCGAGACUGAACCGAGCUAUUACAGUGUGGAUAGUGACUAUGUGUACAGUGGAUUUACGACCAUCAAGUACAAUCUACCAUUCUGGGGACAUUACGACACCACCAAUCAGGUUUUCAUGGAAAUAGGGAGCCAAGUUGUACCGAAGAGUCACUACCGGGGACACAAACUUUCGCUCUGGCUAAGCUUGAUUCCACAGCUACACUCUUCCUUCAACAUACCCGAGCUAUCGAUGAGACAUCAUCACUUCAGUGAAGAAAAUCCAAUGUUUUACGAUGGACUUGUGCGGGAGCAGAUCAUUGAGCCACCGCUAAUGCACUUAGGUUUUGUAACAUCGACCACCUCGAAAAUGCACAAAACGGAAACGAUUGCCUCCACCAUACUGCAGUCCAUUUCGACAGAAUGUCCACCCAACAUCACCUUCAUCCAGACGGCAUCAGCAUCCUGGCCGCUGCACAAUUCCGCGCUUCCCGCCCACCAUGGCGACUCCAAUCGUAGUCUGAUCAAUCGGCUAACGAACAGCUACCAUCGCAGUUACUCCACUGCGCUCGCCAUCACGAUCGGUGUCGGGUGCUUUCUGCUCUUUCUCAACGUACUGAUCUUUGUCGCGAUCUACUAUCAGCGUGAAAAGCGCGAAAGCAACUCCCGCAUGAAGAUCAAUCUGCUCGAACUCGAAUCACGGUUAAACGUGGUCGAAUCAUCGUCCGGUGCUGUUGCUGCAGCUGCGGCUGCUGCUGCCGCUGCCUCGGCUGCGUCUGGCGAUGGGCAACAGCUAAAGGAGGAAACUUCUUUCAGCACUGCUCAACAACAGUCUGCAGACGAUGAGCAAGUGUCUACGAUGAAGGGUGGUGCAUCGGUACGGGUGGCUUCAAACGCUCCGAACACUACUGGUACGAUCGCAAAGGCACCGUCAAGCAGUGGCCCGAACAGCAUACAGACAAUCGAACUAUCGCUGACACCUCACUAUCAUGGUCACGGACAUGCAACUUCUAUGCGACGCAGCAGCACUUCCGCCAUUAAGCACUCGCACAAAUGUGAACUCCAGCAGCAACAUCUGCAGUACCAUCAUCAUCAGUCGUCCUGCAGUAACAAUCGUACGGUUUCACCGAAGAAAGUCUCGAUCGUAUCACCGAACCCAUCGGACGAACAAUCCUCAUCCGGUUCGGCAUCAUCGCUCGGGUCGGAUCAUCCCGCGGUCGCUCCCGCACAACCGCGAGACACUAGAAGCUAUUCCGUCGUCAGUUUGCCGAAGGAACUCUGCAAUCAAUCGACCCAGUACGAUCUGGCCGAAGUGUCACAUCUGCUCGUAACCUCACCACGACCAACGAUGGCCAGUACCGCCACGAUGACCAGAAGGCGAGAUCUACGGGACGACUUCCGUUCCUCCCCAGCCAUCAGUGGCAGUACGCGUUCGUUGGCCACGGCCAAAGACUACAUGCAUCGAGAUGGAACAGAGCUUCUGGUGCAGGGUGGUGGGGCCAGCAUCUUACGACCACCGUCACUGCAUCAACUUCAUCAUCAUCAGCAUCUACAUCAUCUACACCAGCAGCAGCAGCAGCAGCCGCAACAACCCCAGCAGCAACAAACCGAUUCCUCCAGCAACAGUAAAAAGCGUGUACAGAUACAGGAAAUUUCUGUGUAAAAGCGACCGCAACCUUCCCUUUGUUGGGGUGGUGUGUGUAUGUGUAAGGACGGGUGGGAAAUUGGGACGAAUUGGAUCCCAUUUUUAGUUGUUUUGUACACAGCAAGUAAUGAGCAAAAAGUGUUUUGCUUUGUGUCAGUGCUUGUGUCACGUGUGAAGGGACGGCCUGACGGUAAAUUGUACAUAUAACGAAUAACUUACUGAAAGAAAAAAAAAACGUUUUUGUGCUGUAAUAACGAUAAUGAAAAUUGGCUCCUUUAAAGAGACGCGAAAUACACGAACAGACCGAAAAACACGCGCUGCGGGACAUUAUCGAUUACAUGUGUUGACAGGUGCCCAAUUCGUCCACCACGUGACCAGUGUAACGAACGAAUAGUGAUGAAAUAAAGUGAAUACGAUCGAUAUCGAAUGUGAAA